ACAUACGUGACCACCCCGCAAGGCACACAAUGGCCACCCCCACCUCCCUCCAGGGCAUCGCCAUGCCCUGGCGCACAUGCAACCAAUGCAUUCGCCGCCACUACCUCCUGUCCCGCGGCGGCGGACGCCCGCAACCGCGCCUGCACCUCUCCACCACCUCCCCGGUCCGCUCGUCGUCCGGCAGCAGCAGCAGUAGCAACGCCUCCAACCCCCUCCGCACAUCGCGCGUACGCAGCACCGAAAAGGAUGUUGCCAACUACCGGCGCUCAAUGAUCUUAUCAGCCAGCGGGAUCGCCGCGUGCGCGAUCGCCAUGUACGGGAUCAUCAAACUCGACCUCUUCGGCCUGGAACAAACAAAGCAGCAGCAGUCCUCCUCCAUGACCGCCACCAUCCCCACGGCCCAGGACGCCCCAUCGCCGAAGAAGACCCAACUCGACGGCCCGAACGGCUUCCCCAGCAGCCCAUCGCUGAUCACGGUGCACGGCCAAGACCCCGGCGCCGAGCAAGUGGCAACGGGAACCAGCUCGGUGCCGUACUUCCCAGCGACGAUCCGCCUGCCCAAGGCUCUGGACGCGGAGAACAUCGCCUUGGCGGCGGGCGACGAGAUCGCGCUGUCGACCACGGCCGAGAAACCCGCGGACGAGGAGGAGUACCAGCUGCUGGGGCUGGGGAUCCGGACGGUCUCGUUCCUGCGGAUCCAGGUGUACGUGGUGGGGAUGUACGUGGCCAAGUCGGACAUCACGGCGCUGCAGCGGCGGCUGGUGCAGACGGCGGUGAACCCGCCCACGCUGGCGGGGGUGAUCGAAGCAGAAACAAAAGGCGGGGUGAUCACGAACCCCGUGGGCGCGACGGCGGCGACCUCGCUGGUGUCGACGGAGCGCGACCGGCUGCGCCAGCUGCUUCUCGACACCGGCAGCGGUGGUGGCGGCGAACAACAGGGCGAUCUGGUGUGGGACGCGAUCCUGCGGGAGCCGGGCUUGCGCACGGCGUUCCGCAUCGUGCCCGUCCGCAACACGGACUUCACGCACAUGCGCGACGCCUUCGUGCGCGGCGUCACCGCCCGCGCCCAGAAGUACAACCCCUGGCGCGGCGAGUUCGCGGACGAGGCGUUCGGCGCCGCCGUCAAGACGUUCAAGGCCCUGUUCGGCGGCGGGGCCAACAAGAAUGUCCCCAAGGGGCAUACGGUGCUGCUCGUCCGGAACUCGCGGGGCCAGCUGGAUGCCCUGUAUCAGACGGAUGUGGCCGACAAGCCUACGCGGUAUAUGGGCCGCGUGGCCGACGAGCGCGUCAGUCGGCUCGUGUGGUUGAAUUACCUGGCUGGGAAGAAUGUGUCGAGCGAGCCGGCUCGCGAGAGUGUCGUCGAGGGCAUCAUGGCGGUGGUGGAGCGGCCGGUGGGCACGGUGGUGCAGAAGGUUUUGUAG